AUGUAUGCGAAAGGAGAGGACAAGAAAAUUGGGAAGAGGGGCGGUGCAGAGAGAGGAGGACCCACAGACAGAGGAGGACCCACAGACAGAGGAGGACCCACAGAAAGAGGGGGACCCACAGACAGCAAAGUCAUAACACCUGUGCUGAAGGAUCAAGGGGUUAACAUUUACAUGAAUACUCCACCCAGUAUGCUAGAUAAAAACAUGAACACGGGAAAAAAAUAUGAUAGUGUGACUGGGGUUUUGCCGUCUUCUUCCCCCAUGGGUGAAAAAAGUCUCGAUCAUGUGCAAAGCAUUUUUUCCGAUCGGGGUGUAGACAUGAAGAAGAUGCCCGGAAUGGAGGAGAAGGCGACCCCUGGUGGGAUGAGUAGUUACGCGAUGAGGGGCUACAAGGUUGGCGGUUACACGGUGAGCGGUCACGGAGGUAGCGGUCACGGGAUGAGCAGCCACACGGAAAGCUCAAAGGAACCCUCUAAAAACACCCAGCAGUUUAAGCCCAAAUUUAACAAAAAUAAAAAAAAUUUAACCAAGGAGGAGAGCAUCAUGAACACCAUAUCGAAGGACAUCAAAAUUAGAAAAAGUAACAUCCUAGAGUUGAACAAGUUGCUCAAGGAGAAUUUGAGGAUAGAGGAAAAUUUAAAGAAAAAAAAAAAAGGGAAAGGAAAUAAGGACGAGGAAGAAGACGAAGAUGAUGAGGAGUAUGAACAGGAUUACUACCACAGGUGGGGGGACAACAUCAGAGACAACAGCAGCAGGUACGCUCUCCGAGAUGGUGUGCGCGAUAAGGUAUCUCCGGGGGAACACCACGAACAUGUACAGAAGGACCUGAGUAGCCAAGAGGAAGGGUCUGGGGAAGGAAAGAGAGACAACGGAAAGGAGAAAAAGGAAAAGGCGAAAAGGAAAAACAAGGAGAAGAACAAAGACAAUAAAGCGAAAGGAAAAAAUGAGGAGCGCGAAAGGGAGAAGGACAAGUCCAUGUCUAAGGGCAAAGCGAAGGAUUUUGAUUCCAACGAUCAAGAGGAGGGCGACAAGAAGAAGGAGCAUCUUUCGAUUAGCAGCAUGAAUAGCAGCAUGAAUAGCAGCAUGAACACCAGCAUGAACACCAGCAUGAACAGCAACGCGAAUAGUAAUCCGAGUAGCAUCCCAAGCAAUAGCAUUAACGUCAUGCUGGGUAGCGGCUUGAGUAGCGGCCUGAAUAGCGGUCCGAGCGGCAUUCUCAACGUGGACAACAAAAACAGCGGAAAGAAUAAAAAGGCGAAGAACAAGAAGGGGGAAGCGCAUCAAGGCAAGAAGAACGAGUCACCGCAAAAUCGAAAAAAUGAACCUGGACAAAACAAGAAAAACGACUCUCCGCAAAACAAGAAAAACGACUCUCCACAAAAUAAGAAGAACGACUCUCCACAAAACAAGAAGAACGACUCGCCACAAAAUAAAAAAAACGAAAUGAUGCAAAAUAAGAAAAUGGAUUCCCCGCAAAACAGGAAGAACGAACUUGGGCAAAACAAAAAAAUGGAGUCUCCCCAAAAUAGGAAGAAUGACUUGGGGCAUAACAGAAAGAACGAUUCGCCACAAAACAAAAAAAUGGAGUCGCCGCAAAACAGGAAGAACGAAUCGGGGCAAAACAAAAAAAACGAUUCGCCACAAAACAGGAAAAAUGAUUCUCCUCAGAACAGGAAAAACAAAAGAGAAGACUUUAUCACAGGUGCGAAUGCAAAGUGUCUGCUGGACCAAGGAGAUGGCAAAAUGAUCAAAAAUGAGCUACUCAUGGAGAGUAGUGUGAUUGGGAAGAAUAAAAAUAUGGACAGUUCUAUGAACUUCACCGAGCACUACAGUUACUAUUACAGCAAUAACAAAAGUGAUAUCCCCACCAUGAGCAGCUCCAGAAGGGGAGCAUUCAAUAAAGUUCACUUAGAUUUCUACGGCGACAAUAGUGGGAGCUACAUGAUGGACUCCAGUGACAGCAAAAGUUUCAGCUAUAAGAAGGAGUCUCGAAAUGAUUUGUUCAAGUUGGGCAAUAACAACGUCGGCAGUGCUAGUGGCCACGGAAGCGACUCCGGUCAUGUUGGAAGUACAGGCCACGUUGGAAGUACAGGCCACGUUGGAAGUACAGGCCACGUUGGAAGUACAGGCCACGUUGGAAGUACAGGCCACGUUGGAAGUACAGGCCACGUUGGGAGUGCAGGCCACGUUGGGAGUGCAAGCCACGUUGGGAGUGCAGGUAACCAUGGCAACCUUGGGGGCCUAUCCCAGAGCGGCAAAUUGCACAUGAGUAAAAGUUUCUUCAAAUCGCACGAAAUGGGGAACUACCAUUUUCAAGAAUUAAGAAGCACGUACGACAAGUAUAAGGGUUCCUUCGACCCGACGUCCAUGUCUGAAUUUCUCGACCACGAGACAGCCAAGAGAUAUGUCCACAAUAAAAGCUUGAGCAGCCACAGUGAGGUGAAAAAUGCCAAGGACAACAACUCCGUGAAUAUAAAACCCACCAAUGUUAUUGGCACCAAUAGAAGUAAUCAUAUGCACAUCAAUCUGAGCAGUAAGGAUAAUCGGCUGGAUAUGACCAAAGGGAGCGAUAAGAGAACGCCUAGCAACAGAAUACACCCGAGUAGUAGUCAUGUAGGAAAAAAAUACACGAAUAGCAAAAAUUUGCAAAGCUUUAAUAACAAGCUGAACUUCUCCAGCGAGGGAGUCGACCUGGGCAUCAGCUCCAAAGUGAAUAUUUUUAACAACGCCGGUGAUGUUGGGGGGAGUGCCCUGGGUGGAAGCAACGCGGGGGGGAAUAAUAUGUCUGCGUAUCAUAUGGCUAGCCACCACAUUGGGAGUAACCACCUGGGAAGCAAUAACAUCAGAAGCAAUAACCUAGGGAGUAACCACCUCGGGAGCAACGUAAGCAGCAGCAACUUGGGGAGCAACAACAUCGGGAGCAACAACCUGGGGAGUAACAACUUGGGGAGCAGCAACUUGGGGAGCAGCAACAGCGUGGGCAACGUGCUGAAGGAUGAAAGCCACCUAUUGGGGAGCAGAACCUAUAACAACAUGCUGAGCAACAGCAGUAUGAACCCCAUGUUGAAUGGAGAAAAUAAUAAUAUGCUGAACAGUAGCUAUGCUAAUAUUAGCAACGUCCUGAAGAGCGGCAACGGAAUGGUUGCCAAUGGGAACAAGGUGUACAACAGUGGGGGUGGUGAGGGUAACCUUAACGAGAGCAUGAAUAAUGUGGGAGGCUUAAAUGGAACCACCUUUCAAACGAACAAGUCCAACGGUAGCGUAAAUAACAGAGUAAACGAUAGCAAGAAUCACAUGAGUGACUUAGUGAGUGGACAAAACUACGUGAGUAAUGUCCUACUGUACGAGAGUGGAGGUGUUAUGUAUAAUGGAAAGGUUGGGAGCGUGAAUGGCUAUGCAAGGCACAACUUAGCGCGCUUUUCCGGACAGAGCGUGGAUAACUAUGCCAACCAGAGCGUUGAUAACUACGCAAACCAGAGCGUGGAUAACUACGCAAACCAGAGCGUGGAUAACUACGCCAACCAGACCGUGGAUAACUACGCAAACCAAAGUGUGGACCAUUAUGCCAACCCCAACAUGGACAGCUACGGAAGCCCUAACAUGGACAACUACCUGAACCCUAACAUGGACACCUACGGGAGCCCUCAUUUGGACAACUAUGGCAACCCCGUCAUGGACAAUUACGUGAACCCAAUUAUGGACAGCUACGCGAACGGAGCCAUGGAUGGGUAUGCCAACUCGCGCAUGGAUAACUAUGACAACCCGAGCGUGGACAACUAUGACAACUCGGGCGUGGACAACUACGCAAACUCGGGCGUGGACAACUACGCAAACCCGAAUGUGGACAACUACGCAAACCCGAAUGUGGACAACUACGCAAACCCGAAUGUGGACAGCUACGAGAACCCGAAUGUGGACAGUUAUGCGAACCAAAACGUGGACUACCCAAACCAGACCAUGGACAGUUACGCGAACCAGAGCAUGGAUAGCUACGCGAACCCUAACGUGGACAGCUACGCGAACCCUAACGUGGACAACUACGCGAGCCCUCACAUGGACAACUUCGUGAACCCACACAUGGACAACUUCGUGAACCCACUCAUGGACAAUUUUGUGAACCCGCUCAUGGACAGCUACAUGAACCCAAAUAUGGACAGCUUUGCGAAUCAGAGUCUGGACAACUACGCUGGGCAGAACAUGGGCAGUUUUGCCUCCCCCAAUGUGGACAAUUUUGCCUCCCCCAAUGUAGACAAUUUUGCCUCUCCCAAUGUAGACAAUUUUGCCUCUCCCAGUGUGGACAAUUUCGCCUCCCCAGGAGUGGACAAUUUUGCCUCCCCCAAUGGGGAGAGUUUUCCCCUCCAGAAUGUGGAGACCUUUGGUGGUCCCAGCGGAGAGUCCUACCCCCAUGGGUACUUGAAUAACCUUUCUGUGAAUUACCUGAACGGAGGAAUGACAUCGACACUGAAUAACAGUAGAGAAACGUCUUCUAUAAACAACAUCAGUCAGUAUUCGAACGAGCUUAGUAACACAUCUGCGAAUAUGCUGAACAGUCUUGUAGGGAAAAAGAAUAACUUGCUGCUUAGUGACAUGAACAAUACAGUGAGUAGCUCUAAGGGAAGCCUCAGCGUUAAUUACAUGAAUGACACAUUUAAGAAGGCAUCUAAUUUGUUUUUAAAAAGUGGCAUGAGGGGGUCCAGAAACAAUAGUGGAAAUAAAAUAAAAAGAAACAAAAAUAAAGAGUUGCUAGAAAGUAAAGGUGGAAAAUACGAAUUGACAUCACCAUCGAAGGAAGGCAACGGAAUUGACAUGGUGCACGAUAGAGGGGGACUUAACUAUGUACUAGAGGACCCUCCUCCAGGGAGAGCUAAAUAUAUACAUAAUGGAGAUAUGACAGAACGGACCUACGAUAACGAUGCUGCGAGCGCAUUGACAACAGCCAUCGCAACUGCCAUCGCAACGUCCACCAGUGGGGCAGGCAGUAGUGUCCAACACAUGAAGUGUCUAGAAAAAAACGAUACGGUAAAAAAGAAGGUAAAGACAGAAAAAAGGACCCAUGUGAAGAACAUUAAAAUAAAUAUAAACAAAAUUAACCUCUUCGAAAAUAAAAAGAGAAAAUAUUUAGCCGAAAUUAUCAGAUGUGAACUUAUUUGGGUCCCUACGAAAAAUAAAGAACCCAUAACUCCAGUGGAGAGUUGUGAAUUACAUCCUGUUGUUAUAAUAAAAGAUCAGUAUGGACAUCUGUACGAUGACGAUGAAGAUAAUGAGAACAACCCUAUAGGAAAAACUGUUAAUAUUUUUUACAGAUGGAGUAGAGGACCACCUCGAACCGUUUGCUUCUUCCACCCACAAAAAAUUGCUUGCCUACAAUGCACUGUCACGUUUAGGUGCUUCUGCUCCUAUGAAUGCUUCAUGAAAGGGUUCGAUCACUUACACAAGUAUUAUCGGAGCAAUGGCCUCAUUAAUAUUCCAUCCCACCCUAAUUUGCAUACCUAUGGAGUGCCUUGCUCACCCUUCGAUUGGGAUAACUAUGAGAAAAAUAUCGAGUUUGAUGAGAAGCACUACAACUCGUUGAUACAGUCUGGGUUACUGAACUCACCGGACAUGGAAAAGUGGGAAAUAAUUAACAACGAGAGGAACUACAUCCCUUGCUUGAAAGAUGUGGGACAUCAAAUCAUGCUAGAGACUAUGCUGCUGGAUAAAAAUAGCAUGUCGUCAGAGGACGGGACGGACAGCUCCGACGAGUGUGAGGAUGACAGCGUCGGAGGGGAUAGCAGUGGGGAUGCGAGCGAGGUGGGAGAAGUUGGCGCUGUAGGCGAAGAAGGCGCAAUUGGCGAAGAUGGCGCAGUUGGCGAACUUCUUAAGGGCGAAGUGCGCGAGGGCAGCGAUUGCAACCUGUCCGUCGUCGAUGAGAGCAACCCACAGAAGAAGCAAAGCCCCGCAUCGUACGCACGGUAUGCAGGUGUACAGCCUAACGAGUUGGAUGCGAUGAACCCGGACCAGGUGGCAAGCUUCAAUAGUAUGCAGUAUGUUGGUAGUCAUAAGGAGGAGGACCCGUACUCCGGGCAGCUCACCGACGGAAGCGGCAUCGUCAGUGGGGAGGCACACACGCCCGAUCGGAACGAUGCAGGAACAAACGGGGUGUUCACCUCAAAGGGGGACUCCUCGACGGAGGCAAACGCGAAGCAGCCGUUGCAUAUUGACGGCACGUUGAAUGGGGACAAUAAUGUGUGUAGCUCACCAGGAGAGGAAGGCAAGCACCCAACCAAGGAAGCGUACACAACCGGGAGUGCCCUUAAUCACAGCGCAAAUGAAGAAAGCGAAGGAAAGGAGAAGCGAAUGAACAGUUUUGGCAUUACUUCUAUGGACAACGGGGGAGACAAGGACACGUUUGUGCACAGCGAUGCAGCGAUCCGUGUACAGAGUGGAGGCGAACCGACAAGUGAGUUAUGCCCCCCGAGUGCUGACGCGAAGGAGGAGGUAACCGAAUUGAAGGAGAACAACGUGACGACGCCUGCAAAUGCAUGUGCUGGAGAAAACGUCGAGGAUAAGCAAACGAGUGAGGGUGACAGAAGGGCCAUGUCGAGUAGCCCUAGUAAAGGCGCAAUGGACGAAGUGGAGGGCAAAGCCGCCCAGGAAAAACUCACCCCCGAAAGGGAAAAGGGGCAAAUCAAUCCGACCGAGCCGACCCAGCAGAACGCGCUUGAGCUGAAGAAGAAGAAGAAGAAGCGGAAAAAGAAAAAAAUCUACAUACUGGAUGACCAAGUGUGGAACAACAUAAGGGAUCCCAACAUCUAUCACAAAAUAAUCACGGGUUGUUGCAUCCCCAAUUUGACUGUCUCCCCGAACUAUAACGUAACAUGUUUUAAGAGCUCCAGUGUGACCAAUGCGCAUAACCAGUUCACCAUCAUGACGUGGAACGUGCUGGCCGAGAUUUACGGCACGAUUGAGGCCUUCCCCCACUGCGACCCGUACAUGCUGGCCUGGUCCUAUCGCAAGACGAAGAUCAUUCAGGAAAUUUUGAACAACAGCCCGGACAUCGUCUGCCUGCAGGAAAUCCAGAACGAGCACUUCCUGGACUUUUUCAAACCGUCGCUGGGCGAGUUCGGCUACGAAGGCGUGUACAAACAGAAGACGAAAGAAAUAUUUACGUCCCCUUCUGGAAAGAGAAGAGGAGGAAAGUACACCAUAGACGGGUGUGCUAUAUUCUACAACAAAAAAAAGUUGAAGUUUGUGGAGACCUAUGCCUUAGAAUUUAGCAAGCUGAUUAAAGAGGCCUCUGUCUUUACAUUACCAAAGGAGAUUCAGAAAAACCCAUCAUUGGUGAAACGACUAUUAAAAGAUAACGUAGCGUUGGUCAUCCUGCUCGAGUACAUACAGCAGUAUUCAAAAAUAUAUGACAGUAAGGAGAAAGACGAGGAAGAAAAACCGAAUAAAAAUCUCAUCAUAGUUGCCAACACUCAUAUUGUAGCAAAUCCGGAAGCUAAUUACGUGAAAAUUUGGCAAGCGCAAAUAUUGGUUAAGGUUGUUGAAUAUUUGAAGAUAAAUUUUAUAAAAAAAUACGAAACGAUUCCGAGUUUGAUUAUAUGUGGAGAUUUUAACAGUACCCCUUCUAGUGCCGUUUAUCAGCUGAUAUAUAAAAAAACCUGCAGCAGGAGUCAUGAAGACUUCAGUUCAGACAAGUACAGUCUCCUGACGGAUCUGCCACUUGGCCACAACUUAAAUUUGAAGUCAGCUUACGCCAUCUCUAAGUUAUUAUCGCAGAAGCUCAAUCCGGAAGAGUAUACAUCCAACAUGGAAAUCUUUGAACCUUUGUUUACAAAUUACACGGGGAAUUUCAUAGGGUGUUUAGAUUACAUUUUUUACAAUGACGAAAAUUUGAAUAUAAUUUCAACUGUCAACAUUGCAGACGAGAAUCAGCUGAUGCAAGAAGCGCACAUUUACCAGCUGUCCAACUGCGCCCUCCCGAGUCCCAUUCGCCCCUCCGACCACUUGCCCCUCAUCGCCAAGUUCGAGUUCAAGAUUUAUUGA